AGGAGGAGAAUAUUCCAUCCUGCUGGUGAUGAAUUGCUGCUGCGGAAAUCGUGGAGACCAAGGACACCUAUCAAGAAGAUUUCAUCCAGUAUUUAAAGGAGAAGAAGGUGAAGGGAGAAUCUUCUUUCUCCUGACAAAAUUAGUUUGGCAGAAUUUCUGUAAGGGAGCUGAUAAUUUCUCCUGGGGCUGUGACAACCAUUUCUUUUUUCUCCUUCUUUCUUUACAAUUUAUGUUACUGUGAGAGCUGGGUCAUUUGAAGGGAAGAGAGCUUGUACUCUGUUUCUGUAAUUGAUAAACUAAGACAAGCCUUCAGCUCUUAUUUUCAAAUUCUGUUUCUUAUCUUUUCUACGCUUGUGUGAGAUAUUGUUCCUUCACUCUACCACAUUCAUAUCAAUUAGGUAAGUUCAAACCUGUUAGUAGUACAUUUUAUGGCUUCAAUUGCACAUGUAGCACCAACGACUACAUCAUAUUUCCCAGAAUAUGAAAUAACAUCAUUGUAAGAACCAGUUGCAACAGCACUGUCCUCUAGCUCAGAUCCAUCCCUGCAAAAGGAAAGCAAGGCCAGAAGUUGAGCAUUUGACAUGCAGCUUCUCGAAGAAGAAACUCAAUGGAAACAAAUGCAGCAGCAACCAGGCACACGUGCCUGAAGCUUGAAAUCCCCACAGCUCCAUCCGAACCAAUUUUCAUCAAGGGCACAUGGUUCGAUUCUCACUUUCAUCUCACCAUCACCGACGGCCUCAAUGCUUGGGUUUGCGAUGCGUCGGAAGAGCAGGUGAAAGAGAGAGCGUCUCAGUGGGAUCAGCCGGUGUCUGAAUACAUCCAUUCGGCCGAGCAAUAUUUAGGGUUUCAACAGCCUAAUUCCGUUUAUCAGUUCACCGAUGCUAGUGAUGGCCAUAAACGAUUGUCGUGGACAUUUGAAAAGGAAGGCACUAAGCUAGAGUGGAGAUGGAAAUGCUUGCCAUCAUCUGAUAAUAAGAAGAUUACUGGUGGAAUCUUGGACUUUCUCAUGGAUGCAAAUAUAAGCCUAAGUGAAGAAGUUGUCAGAAAGACUCAAUCAUUUGAGCGGCUGAAGGAGGAAGCCGAGAGGUGUUUGACACAAAGUGAGAAAUUCAACAAUGAGAAGAUGGAAUUUGAAUCUGCAAUAUAUGCAAAGUUUCUUGGGGUUUUGAAUUCAAAGAAACGAAAACUUAGAGAGCUUCGAGAUCAGCUCUCAGAAAAGGAAACUUCAGGAAAAUUGCCAGUGGAAGAAGAAGAGUCCUCGGAUGAAACCAAGAGUUUUGAUGAAGGCAGUGAUGAUGCAAAAAGUGAGGAAAAACCUCCAGAGGAAAUUACAGGCACAUCAAAGGAUGUAAAAUCAAGUAGGGGCCGUGGUAGAAAGGGGAUUACACACAAGUAGAAGUAGAAUUUCACAGGAGUUUUUUACUCCAGCUUGUUAGCUUGCAAAAAAGUUUGGGGAUAAAGAAAGAUUUAUAGGGAAUAGAAACUUGGGAUGGAAUAUAUUUUUUUCCCCCUUCCUAUAGCUAUGGUUUUACGUUGACUUUUUGGUUUAGGCUUAUUAGUGUUUUAUGCUAUCUGACAAGAUUCAGUUGGUAUAUUAGAAGGUGAAAUUAUAGAAUAGGACCAAUGUAUACACUAGUAUGCGUUAAAGCCUCAUAAUAGAAGUUUCAACAUUCAACAGUUGAAGCAAUGCAGUAUUAAUUGCCCAAGGCACUGAGAUUUGAACAUAAGCGUAAUUAUUCACUCUGAAGUUUAUUUAUGCCAAUGAAUUGCAGCA